AUGGAUUCCCAAGAAAACACUAAACUAACUUAGCUUCGAGAGCUUAUGAAGUAGCAUAGCGUAGAUGUCUAUGUAGUCUUCCAUAAUGAUGCUCAUUCUUCAGAGUACAUUGCUGACUGUGAUGAAAGAGUGAAGUUCAUAUCAGGAUUUAGCGGUAGCAAUGGUCUGUGUGUGGUUACUUAAGAUAAAGCACUUAUGUGGACAGAUGGCAGAUACUAUCUUUAAGCUUAGAAACAACUUGAAGCUGGAUGGGAGAUGAGAAAGAUGGAAGCAGGUGAAUAAACCUAUUUUGAAUGGAUUACUUCAAAUUUACCAGAGGGUACUAAGAUAGGGGCUGAUCCAACUUAAGUCUCGGGUGCUGGAUUCAAGAACAGAUCAAAGUACUUCAAAGAAAAGUAAAUGGAAAUGGUCACAAUUCAAGAGAACUUGGUAGACAAGGUUUGGGGUGCAGAAAAGCCACCUAUGCCAUAAGCUCCAGUUUUUGUGCAUGAUGUCAAAUAUGCUGGUCUCACCGUUAAAGAGAAGAUGCAAAAGGUGAAUGAUAAGCUUAAAGGGAAAGUUGAUGCACUACUUGUAACCACUUUAGAUGAUAUUGACUGGGUUGUCAACAUGAGAGGAAGAGAUAUUCAAUGUAAUCCAGUAUUCUUUGCCUACCUCAUAUUCCAUGUUACCAGCGAGGAAAAUACUCAUGGAAGAAUUCAGCUCUUUAUCAAUGCUUCCAAAAUUCAAGAUGAGACUGUACAAGCUCAUCUUAAGGAAAAUGAGAUUGAGGUACAUGAGUAUGAAGCAGUCUCAGAGCAUUUGAAGAAAUUAGCAGAUGAUAAAAAGAAAAUUGGAUAUGAUGAGAAUGUGUGCAAUCAAAAGCUUUAUGAUGUAUUUUAAGAUUCAACCAUUGAAAAUCAAACUGGAAUUAUUGAGCAUAUUAAGGCUGCCAAGAAUCCUGUUGAGAUGGAGGGCAUGAGAAAAGUAAACAUUAAGAAUUCAGUCUCACUCAUUCAAUACUUUGCCUGGUUAGAAGAUCAUUUGAAGAAUAGUCCAGAGACUGAACUCAACGAGUACACAGCUCAAGAAAAGUUGGAAGAUUUCAGAAGAACUCAAGAUCUCUAUCAGGGUCCCUCAUUUGAAACUAUCUCUUCCAUUGGUCCAAAUGGUGCAGUUAUUCAUUACAAGCCUGAGCCAGGCACUGCUCUUAGAAUGAAUAACAAGGAGAUUUAUCUAUUAGAUUCUGGAGUGUAGUACUUAGAUGGAACAACUGAUAUUACAAGAACUGUCCACUUUGGUGGAGUAGAGGCAACUGAAGAACAGAGACAAAUGUACACUAGAGUUUUACUUGGAACUCUUGAUCUUGAGAGAGUAGUUUGGCCAUCAAAGGGUACAUUUGCUGGUUAAGAUUUCGAUACUCUAGCAAGAAGACACUUAUGGGCUGCUGGAGUAGAUUACAAUCAUGGUACAGGCCAUGGUGUCGGCUCUUUUAACUGCGUCCAUGAGGGACCUUAGGGAAUUAGCAGAAGAUAGACUGUGAGACUUGAAGAAGGAAUGUGUGUCUCAGACGAACCAGGCUAUUACAAAGAUGGAGAGUAUGGAAUCAGAAUUGAGAACGUGAUCAUGGUUGUCAAGCAUCCUCAGCAUGAAAACAGAUUCAAGUUUGAGAACCUAACUAUGACUCCCUAUUGCAGAAAUCUUAUUGAUGUUUCUUUACUAUCACCUGCUGACAGAGACUAUAUCAAUAACUUCCACAAACAGUGCGAAGAUAUUCUAACACCUCUGCUCGGAGAUGAUCAGCUAUCUCUCGACUACCUUAAAAGGCAAUGUGCACCACUAUAAUGA